GAAAUAUGCUGACAGCACGAAGAAUCCCUCGUGCGUGCCAGUCAUGUCGUCUACAGCUUCUAACAUUGUUCGAACAUGGAUUCACGAAUGUCGCUGGCCCUCCUGCACGAGUACUGUAUAGCACACGACCAAUUAUUCGAGCUCGAAAUCCUCAGCCUCGCCACAAUGUAUCCCUUCGGAGCUUGUCCACAACCUCAAGACGAGCAGAAGAGCCAAAGUCUGAUCUGCCAAAGGAAUCUGUAGCAUCUUCAACGGAUAUCGAAACGGUGGUACGGGAAGCAAGACAGACUUUUGGAGAAACGCUACCUAAAGACUAUCUGUCGACGGAGGAAUAUGUUUUGUACGAACGAUUGUAUGGACCUCCACUCCGAGAAACCAAACCCGAAGAUCUGGAGUAUCUGCCAGAUGUUGAAGUCGAGCUUGAGUCGGGUAGAGCAAGAAAUGUCUUGCUACGAGGGAAUGCGGAGGGGUUGUAUGAGGAGGUCGAUUAUGACCCGGAAUUAGGAUUCUCCGUUGCUGUAGAGGAAGCCGAACUUUUAAUGGAUGAACCUGGUAUGAAACCUGAAAGGCAGAUGGAAGAAGAUGGCUUGGAAGCACAAUUCGAGACAGAUGUUUCGGAAAUGGAAGUCGAGACGCUGACUGGCAUCCUCAGCAAGGAAUCUUUGGCGGAAUCGCGGGCGGAAGCUCUGGAAGAAAGCGAGGACGAUUAUACAGAAAUCACAACAGAUUUACACGAUUCUGCUCAUGUCUAUGGAAGCGCUUACGAUAUGGAAACCGAGACGUUGACCGAUACCUCUAACGAUCGCAUUCUGCCAGAAGCUGUUGCAGAGAACCAGGAAGCUUCCACAGAAAUCAAAACGGACUCAGGUCAAUCCAUUCAUGUCCAUGGAGGCAAGAACCAGAGGGAGAUUGAUGCAAUCGCACGAUUGCAGAAAGACAUGGCUGAGGCAAUGUCGAAGCCUAUAGAAGAAGAGGAAGAGGAAGAAAUUGACGAGGAAUACGAAGAGGAAGAGGAGGUCGAGGAAGAAGAGGAAGAUGAAGGGGAGGAAACCUGGGUUAGCUCCGACUCGAUUCGAACACAUCCACACACCAUGACCGCGCGGAUGAGAACAUCUCCGAUUACACUAUCGUUGCCACGCGAACAAAUGCUGAAACCAAUAUCAGAGUUGCUUGCUCGGACAAACUUGAAGCAUCUAACGGAUGCGUCGGAGCGAGCUUUCGGUGGAAAGGGCUUGCCAUAUUCUUCUGCUACGCCCAUGUCGAAACGAAACCUCCCACAGAAGCAUAUCGGUUUAGAUGCUUCCCAACAUAAGAUGGCAGAGAUCGAAGCAGACGCAUACUUGGCUGCCGUAAUGCCUGGCACGUACGCUGCAGCCAUGAGUACGUUAGUAGAAGUCAGAAAGCGUCUUGGAAGUCAGUGGAUCCGUGAUCUCAUAUUGAGAGAAGGAGGCCAAGGACCGAGAGUACUAGAUGCAGGUGCUGGCGGUGCUGGAGUCAUUGCGUGGCGUGAGGUUCUGCAAGCUGAGUGGGAUGUGCUAAAGGAUGAAGGCAUUGUGGAAGGAGACCAAGCUCCCCAUGGGAAAAGCACCGUUCUUACAGGUUCGAAUGCCUUACGACACAGAGUAUCACGAUUCCUUGAUAACACCACCUUUCUUCCUCGUCUCCCGGAUUAUAUACAUGCUUCAAACUCCGAAGCCCACUUGGAUGGUGCCGCACCUCAAGGUCGCAAGGCUUACGACAUAAUCAUUGCACCACAUACCCUAUUUCCUCUAAAGGAAGACUUCCGACGGAAGAAUAUGGUCCAAAAUCUAUGGUCCUUACUGGAUCCCAAUGGUGGUGUCCUGAUUCUCAUCGAAAAAGGGUUGCCUCGUGGGUUCGAAGCCAUUGCUGGUGCUAGGGCCCUUCUACUUGAAUCCCACAUAUCUUCUCCAGGCGAGACCAAUUUCGAAAAUGAGAUUCAAUCACCGGAAUCUGAACGUGCGCGCUUCACAAAGAAAGAAGUAGGGAUGAUCAUUGCGCCUUGUACCAAUCACAAGAAUUGCCCUAUGUAUCCCAUACCUGGACUUAGCACUGGCAGGAAAGACUUCUGUCACUUUCCACAGCGACUUAUACGCCCUUCUUACCUACAAAAGAUCCUUGGUGCCAAGAUUCGCAAUCAUGAGGAUGUCAAAUACAGUUACAUUGCUGUUCGUCGCGGGGUUGACGCUCGGAAAGGUGACAAUGCUUUGCUCCAAGGCGAAGAGGCUACUCUACAGGCAUUUGAAGGCUACGAAGAUCGAGAUCUACCCGAGUCUGAAGAAGGUUCGGAGUCUAGCAAUGUUAAGUUCGACACUCUAUCUCUUCCUCGGAUAAUUCUUCCGUCGCUCAAAAGCCGAGGCCAUAUCACACUCGACCUGUGUACCCCUUCGGCCAAACUUGAACGGUGGAUUGUGCCACGAAGCUUCAGUCGCACAGCUUACCGUGAUGCUAGGAAGUCGAAAUGGGGCGACCUCUGGGCGUUAGGUGCAAAGACCAGAACAACCCGAUCACCACGACUUGGUAGACUUGGAGAAGACGCCGGUGGGACAAAGAUCAAGGGCAUCAGAGACGGGAAGAUGGGCAAAGGAGGAAAGAAGAUGAAGAAAAACCAUUACGAUAUGAUCAUUGGUAGAUCUGGAUUCGAAGGUAUCAAAGAAUCUCCACAUCAGGCCAAGUUUGUAAAGAGAGAAAAGAGAACGAAAGGUGGAAGGAUUUGGAAAGAACAGAAGCCAAUUGGGGAGGACGACUUGUAAAAAAAAGUGUACAUUUACG